UCUUAGGGUUAGACGUUGCCAAUUUUAACUCUGGUUUUGCCAAUCGCGAAGGUCUCAUUUUCGGAUAAAAUUCUCCCUUUCGACGCAAAGAUGAGUGGUGGAGUUUAUGGUGGAGAUGAGGUUGGAGCCUUGGUGUUCGAUGUUGGCUCUUACUCUGUGAGGGGUGGAUACGCAGGGGAAGACUCACCAAAGGCUGAAUUCCCAACCACCAUCGGGUCAGUCGAUUGCAAAGAUGAGGAAUCCAUGGACAUCGACGGUCAGACGCAACCCAUCAUCAAAGAUGGCGCCACCAAGAAGCGUCACGUUGUCGACACACCGUAUCUCACGUUCGUUCGCGAAGGCAUGGAGCUGGGUACACCACUCAAAGAUGGCAUGGUUGAAGAUUGGGACAUGUUUCAAGCUGUUUUAGACCAUGCCUAUAAGAAGUACAUCAAAUCUGAUCCCAGUCUACACCCUGUGCUCAUGUCUGAACCUGCCUGGAAUAUUCGUCAGAAGAGAGAGAAGCUUACAGAGCUUAUGUUUGAGCAGUACAACAUUCCUGCGCUCUUUUUAUGUAAGAGCCCUGUUCUCUCCGCCUUUGCCAAUGGAAGAGCGACAGGCUUAGUAAUAGACAGUGGAGCAACUCACACCACAGCAGUGCCUGUAUAUGAAGGCUAUGUCAACCAAACAGCUAUUGUUAAAAGUCCGCUUGGAGGGGACUUCAUAAGCAUGCAAUGUAAAGAGUUCUUUGACGAGGAGAAGAUAGACGUGGUCCCUGCUUACAGGAUAGCAUCGAAGGUAAGGCUCUAUUUAAUUUGCUUCUCCUCACAACCAUUCAUUACAUGUGUUAAACAACCAGUAACAGGGGAGCAGCAUAUAAAUAUGGUCAAUAUUUCAUUUGCUGCUACUCAUAACCAUUCAUUACGUGUGCGAUACAACUGGUAA